AUGAAUCACACGGAAACAAUGGCGGCCGCAGCGGAUGCGAUGCAACAUAAUCACGGAAACCCGAUCGGGAAUGAAGGAUUGUUUAUGAGCCAUGCAUACCUGGGGUCAUUUAUGCUUGGUUUGGGCAUGUGGUGGUGGAUUCAAGCGUUACGCCAUUGUUAUUCGUCUGUGGGAGUGGGACAAAGGGGAUACACUGCCCAAGUUUCGUACGGCUCUGGAUGUUGUCCGAAUCAGAUGAUUGAAGGUGUGGUGAAAGUGCUUCUGUGCUUCAUCGGAAUGGGAAUUGAAGCCGGCACGAUUACACUGGGUCGACAUCGUGAAUACGCAUAUUAUCCGUUCUACACAGCUUUGCUCAUGGCUGGAAUAGUCGAUAUUGCUUUGGCAACUGUGGUCUAUCUGCCAGAUGGAUUGGACUAUGUGAUUCAUGCAUUACCCUUUGUAUUCCAAGCGUAUUGCAUGCGGGCUCAAGCUUAUGAUCAACCUCACGUGACGGCCACAUGUCGUCAUUUGGCAAGCUAUAUUGGUGUGCUGGCGGCCGCAGCGAUCAUGGGUGAAAUGGUCAAUCGGAAACAGUUUUUGCUUAGCUGGAUCAAAUGUUUCACUGUAAUGCUGUCUGGAGCAUGGUUUUGGCAAAGUGGCCUUAUGCUAAAUCCACCAUUUUCGAAACCCUGGAACGAAAAUAGUCAUGACAAUGUGAUGUAUGCGGCUAUUCUGUGCGCCUGGCAGUUGUUUUUCGUAUCCAUCGUUCAACUGGUUAGUUUGAUAAUCGCGGCAAAGUAUCAUGGCACGUCGGCUGAUUGGACACAUGCCGGACGUGGGGAGUCUAUAGAUCGAUACGGGACUGCACUGCGGGAGGAUUUACGCAGCAAUGUGCAAUAUACCAAGCUGUUGAAUUCGGAAGAUUUGGACGAGUAA